UUUUUGUUGCAAGCAAACAUUUAAGUGCUUUUGACAUUUGUCAAGGACAUCGGCAAGAGUCCCAGCAAAAUGGUGGACGCAAAACUGCCAAUAGUUUAUCAGAAGCAGCUUACAAGGUUUUCAGGCAAUCUGCUACCGAUGCAUGAAGUAAAGCACAAGUGUAAAGGCUUGGAGCGAGAGUAUUUUACCUGCCUCAGUAAUUACGGCUUCGAUCUCGGACAAGAAAAGUGUCACGCAGAAAAAAUCAACUACAUGGAAUGCAGAUACUCAACCAAGGCGAAAAAACGAAGACUUAUAAUGACAGCCGAGAGAUAUAAACAAGAAAAGGAGCCCCUCCCUGAAGGUCCUUCCUAUAUUCAUGCUACUCCAUAUUGGUGAAGUGUGUGACUGUAGAUCAAUGAGAACUUAUUGUACACUCAGCUGUAUUCUAGUGAAUUGUGUUAUCAUGUUUAAUUGGAACAUUGAAUGACUUCUUUGUACAUGAGUAUGUAAGUAAAACAAGAAUAUAUAGACAAAGUUUUUGUUAUUGAUCAGAAAAAUAAAAUGGCCAACAGUCAGCCAUCUUGGAUUUCGUAUAGUAAA